AUGGACUUCUCAAACAUCUUUCGUCUCGUUAACAUCGCGGUGGGUGUGAUGAUGGUGCUGGGUGGCAUUAGCCAGUUCUUCCCAGCAACCAUGAGCUCCAUCAUCAUCGGCGCAUAUGUGAUUAUCUUCGGUGUUGUUGUCGCCGGUCUGGAGUUUAUGCCCAACGUCCCCGACUAUGCCUACCGUUACGCCUCUUUCCUGUUUUCCUUCCUCGGCCGUGGUAUCUUCUACAUCUUCGUCGGCUCCAUCCUGCUGCACGACCUGGUGCUGCGUUACAUUGCCGGCUCCAUCGUCGGUCUCAUCGGUGUUGGCUACCUCGUCCUCGAGUUCAUUCCCUCCAUCGAGCCCCCUUCGAACAUGCGCGAGUCUGACCAGGGUUGGGGUGCUGAGCAGGUCUAA